AAUUAAAACGGAGACAGCACACAGCCUAAAGUGCCACAUCACACACACACACACACACUGAAUAGAUGGCCAUGAAGGUGGUUGUUUUUCUAAGUGCGGUGAUUGCAUCUAUCUGGUGUGCUCCUCCACGACGAUGCGAACCUGAAGAGCAAAUUUUGGGAUGGUGCAAGACUCCAGUGGAACCUCCUAAACCCAAAUGCACAGACAUAGUACAGGGCUAUUGUGAUGACAUGCCCUACACACACACCAUCUACCCCACCCUGGUGGAGCACCGUAACCGUGACGACGUGGAGCAGAGUGUGGAGUACCUCCUGCUGAGCGUCGUCCACUCGUUGCUGAACGGCGAGUGCACGCCGGACGUGCGUCUGCUGGGCUGCUCGGUGCUGACGCCGCGCUGCGAGGCCGGACGCGCGGUCCGCCCGUGCCGGCGCGUGUGUGAGGCCGUGCGGCACCGCUGCAUCCACGCGUUCGACACCAUCGGCAUGGCCUGGCCAUACUUCCUGGACUGCGACCGCUUUUUUGUCAGCGAGGAGGAGGGAUGCUACGACCCCCUGGAGGGCCUGAGAGCUGAGGAGACCCCUGAGAUGCUGGCGGCUAGUGUGGCCCCUGAAGAGCCGGCCACCAUCCUGCAGUUCGUCUACCACACGCACACACAGAUGCUCAACGUCCUCAAGCGCACCGCCGCCAACUGCCCAGACAUCGCCCGCACCUACACCAUCGGACGCAGCACCGAGGGCAAGGACCUGAUGGUCAUCGAGUUUUCCAGCAACCCCGGACAGCAUGAUUUAUUGGAGCCCGAGGUGAAGUACGUGGCUAACAUGCACGGUAACGAGGCUCUGGGGCGUGAGCUGCUCCUCUACCUGGCGCAGUACCUGUGUUCCGAGUAUCACCUGGGUAACAUCCGCGUGCAGACGCUCGUCAACACCACCCGCAUCCACAUGUUGGCCUCCAUGAACCCUGACGGCUACGAGCUCGCCAGUGCAGAGUCGCAGACUGGCGCGGAUAUCGACUACGACGAGGAUGGCAGGUAUGAGGGCCUUAUGACGGGUCGGGGUAACGGGCAGAACAUCGACCUUAACCGCAACUUUCCGGACCUGACCUCCAUUGCCUACAACCGUCGGCGUUACCGGUUCCAUCGCACUGACCACAUCCCCAUCCCCGACGCCUACUGGUUUGGUAAGACGGUGGCUCCUGAAACCUAUGCUGUGAUGAAGUGGAUGCGCUCCACUCCAUUUGUGCUGUCGGCCAGCCUGCACGGAGGUGACCUGUUGGUGUCCUACCCCUACGACCUGUCCAAGCAUCCCCAGGAGGAGAACCUCUUCUCCCCCACACCAGACGAGCAGGUGUUUAAGCAGCUGGCCAGAGUGUAUGCCGACUCCCACAGGACAAUGACCAGCAACAACUCAGAGCGAUGUGGCAGCGACUUCACCGACAAGGGCAGCAUCAUCAAUGGAGCAGAGUGGUACAGCAUCAGAGGGGGUAUGGCGGACUUCAACUACCUGCACACAAACUGCUUUGAGCUGACAAUUGAGUUGGGCUGUGACAAGUUCCCCCCAGAAGAACAGCUCUACACCAGCUGGCAAGACAACAAGGAAGCCCUGAUCAGCUUCCUGGAAGCAGUUCACCGUGGCAUCAAAGGGAUUGUGAAGGAUGGGGAGGGGAAGGGGAUCAGAGGAGCCAUCAUCUCUGUCAAAGGCAUUCGACACGACGUCACUACAGCUGAGAAUGGAGACUACUGGAGGCUCCUGACUCCAGGGAUCCACAUCGUGACGGCUUCGGCGCAAGGCUAUACGCGAGCCAUGAAGAAGAUUUACCUGCCCGCACACCUGGAGAAAGCCGGUCGUGUCGACUUCACCCUGCAGAAGGCGCCACUGGACCUAGAUGAUGACGACUACCACCUGCCCAGCAUCCCCGCUGCAUACGAGCGCUUCGACCCCUACAACCAGUUUGGCCGGUACAACGUGCGAGACGAGGCAGAGCCGGGCAUCGAGAGGCAGGAGAACCCGUGGUGGUGGUCCUACUUCGCUCGGUCCACAGGCAUGGCCCCCAACUGGCUGCUCAAACUGGACUAGAGCUCCCUCUGGUGGUAGCUGUCAGUCGUUACAAGGCCUUUCAACUCCUAUACCUUCUCAUAAGCUUUUGCACUUUGUAACAUUUCACCCAAAUGAAGUCUGAAUGUUUGGAUGCAUGGUGCUUGGUCUACAUCGUCUACAUCACUGCUGUAGACAGCAGGGGCAGGAUGUUAGGCUGUACAAGACCAAAUCACUCAUAAAAUCUGCUGGCACAUGAAAUAGUCCUCCAGGUCGUAUUGUAUUGAAUUGAAUUGAUACAAACGGCAUACAGUCAUGCUUGCUUGUUUUUUGUAAUAAAUAAAAAUAUUUUCACCUGUUCAAUAAAGUUAUUGAUUGACUAUA